AUGAUCCCUCUUAAACCCUUCCGAUCUUCUCUCCAAAAGGUGCAGCGCAUGGCAGUGGGAAUAGUGGCUGGCCUAACCGGCUCAGACGAGGGUCUCAGCAAACUGUUACCAGAGGCUGACGUCAUAGCCGCUGCCCUGCUGCCGCUGCUCUCAGCCAAUAAGGAAAUAUCCCUCCCAUCCGCUCAAGCUUUGGUGAACCUGUCCCAGCACGAUGUGGCAGCAAAGGCUGUGAUUAAAGCGAGGGGGGUGGAGACAGCAGGGGGGAUGGCCGUGGGACGAGGGGGAGCAGGAGGGGGAGGAGGCGGGAAGGGGAAGAAUGCGGGGUUGAUGGUGAUGCUGCUGGCGAAUCUGACUCAGCUGGACGAAGGAGCAGAGAAGCUUCUUGAGCCCAGUGGGUCCGUGCCUCUCCUCGCCUCGCUCACAAGGCGAUUCGCCAUGAGUGCCGACAGGGAGGAGUGGCAGGAGGACGAUUACGAGCACCCCAGUGGGUCCGUGCCUCUCCUCGCCUCGCUCACAAGGCGAUUCGCCAUGAGUGCCGACAGGGAGGAGUGGCAGGAGGACGAUUACGAGCACCCCAGUGGGUCCGUGCCGCUCCUCGCCUCGCUCACAAGGCGAUUCGCCAUGAGUGCCGACAGGGAGGAGGGGCAGGAGGACGAGUACGAGCACGUGGCCACCAUUCUAGUCAACGCCACUCGCCUGGAAGCUGCCAGGAAGCUGCUCCUCGACCCAGAAAAGAAGCUCCUAAGACAGAUCCUGCCCCAAACCUCGUCUUCAAAUCGAAUCCGCAGUCAGGGGCCAUGGCCACGUGUAGCCAUGGCCACGAUGUCAACAGACCUGGACUGGCCGUACCACUGUCAGUCAUGCACUCUCCAGUCCACACAAUCUCGCCCCGUGUCACUCACCUCCUCCCCCAUGCCCCCCUCCCAGGAAUACAGCAAGGAGGACAGGGAGCAGAUGCUGCCCGAGCUGGCAGUACCACUGUCCAUGGAGCGACCUCCUGAAUACAGCAAGGAGGACAGGGACCAAAUGCCGCCAGAGCUCGCCGUACCACUAUCCAUGGAGCGACCCCCUGUGACUGACGCCAAGCUCAGGGCCGAUGCUGCUGAUGCUCUCUUCCUCAUCGCCUCUGAGGAGGCGGGCAGAAAAGCUCUGUGGGCUGUGCACGGUGCAAGAAUACUCCAGGUGGGGUACGAGGAUGAGGAGGCUGACUUUCGAGUCAACUCUAAAGUCUCCUCUCCCUCCCCUCCUCCCCUCCCCUUGCCUUAA